AAUUUCAGCGAAAUGUCAGGUGGAAUACAACAAGCCUCGCAACUUUAUAACACUCUCAAGGCCGAAUUUAGUUCGGGGAAUGCAGAUUUGGCAAAGUGCGGCGUCUAUUUAGCGAAACUUAAGAUCGCUUUGUCAGAAAUGGGUCUUUUGCUGCCUGAAGGAGAAAUUAAUAAUGUGGAAGAACUACUCGUUGCACGAGACAUCUUGGAAAUUGGCGCCUUAUGGAGUGUUCGUGUCAAGGACAUACCAUCCUUCGAAAGAUACAUCGCACAGCUGAAUACAUACUAUACUGAUUAUAGUUCAUUACUCCCAUCCUCACAUCAAAUGUAUCCUUUGAUGGGGUUAAAUCUUCUUCGUUUACUUUCUCAAAAUCGUAUUGCUGAAUUUCACACGGCAUUGGAAAACAUUGAGCCCGAGCAACUUCUGGAGAAUCCUUACAUCAAACAUCCAGUUCAUUUAGAGCAAUAUCUGAUGGAAGGAAGUUACAAUAAAGUCUGGAAUUCGAGAGAACAAGUGCCUGCUCCUGAUUAUCUCUUUUUCAUUGACAUUUUGAUGGGGACGAUCAGGAAUGAAAUUGCAAGUUGUAGUGAGAAAGCGUACGCAAGUUUGCCAUUAGCCGAUGCAGCUACACUUUUAUUUUUUAAUAAUAUUCACGAGGUUUUAACUUUCGCUAGUGAGCGUGAAUGGAACGUUAAACCGGCAGAGAAAAAAAUAUAUUUCACAACAAAAGAUGAUAAUCACGUAGAAAUACCUCACAAUACUAUUAUUCAACAAGUACUUCAUUAUGCACAGGAAUUGGAACAAAUUGUAUAA